UCCAUUGCAGAUCCACGAGUAAAUGACUGGCCACUUAUGGACAGCCCUAUCCCCACCAUGCUGAUGGUGGUGUGCUACCUCUAUGCUGUGGUGUUCCUUGGGCCCCGCAUCAUGUCCAACCGAAAGCCGUUUCAUCUGAACUCUGUACUAGUCGUCUACAACGCCAUGCAAGUCAUUUUCAGUCUGGUCAUGCUCUGGGAGCAUUUGAUGAGUGGAUGGCUGCUAGAAUACAGCUACAAAUGUCAACCGGUAGAUUACUCUCAUAAUCCAACAGCUUUAAGGAUGGCAAACCUCUGUUGGUGGUACUACAUCUCAAAACUGACUGAAUUCGCCGAUACUGUCUUCUUUGUGCUGCGCAAAAAAGAUAACCAGAUAUCGUUGCUACAUCUGUACCAUCACUCUCUCACACCCAUUGAGACCUGGAUCUGCGUUAAAUUCAUUGCAGGAGGACACGGUACCUUCUCGAAUCUGAUCAACAACAUCGUGCAUGUAAUCAUGUACACAUAUUACAUGAUCUCAGCAAUGGGACCUCAGUACCAGAAGUACUUAUGGUGGAAGAAACAUCUCACCACGUUACAACUGUUGCAGUUCACUCUAGUUUUCUUUCACUCAGCGCAAGUCCUAAUCUUCGACUGCGGGUACCCCAAGCUAGUGGCCGCCCUUCUUCUAGUACAUUCUACGAUAUUCUUCGUCCUCUUCUUCGACUUCUACCAACAGGCCUACAAGAGAAGUCAAAAAGCUAAAUUGCAGUGAAAAUUUCAUCCAAAAACUGAGAAACAUUUUAGAGUGCAGUGAAAAUUUAAUCCAAAAACUGAACAUUUCAGAUUAUAGUGAAAAUUUCAUUCAAAGACUCAUCAAAACACUGAUAAAUAUGUUAGAUGUAUAAAUUAAGUUAAUUGAAAUUAUGUGAGUUGAUCAUGAUAUUAUCACCUAGGUAGGCUACCUAGAAGUAUACAAAAGAGAAGUCAAAAAGCUAAAUUGCAGUGAAAAUUUCAUCCAAAAACUGAGAAACAUUUUAGAGUGCAGUGAAAGUUUUAUCCAAAAACUGAACAUUUCAGAUUACAGAGAAAAUUUCACUCAAAGACUCAUCACAACACUGAUAAAUAUGUUAGAUGUAUUAAGGUUAUUGAAAUUAUGUGAGUUGACCAUGAUAUCAGCUAGGUACCUAGAAGUAUACAAAAGAGAAGUCAAAAAGCUAGAUUGCAGUGAAAGUUUUCUCUCAAUAUUGAAAUCUCAAUUGAUUUCAAACAAAUAAAUCUUGAUUUUAUCUCAAUAUAAAAUUGAAGCAUUGAGCUUUAUGUUGAAUAUAUCAAGGCUCAUAAAAUUAUGUUAUAAUAAUAAUAAUAUCGAGUGACCUGGCUGGCUGAGGUCUGGUGUCAGAGUUUUCAGGUCGCAACUGAUCAAUUUCAGGGCCUCUGACAUGACCUAACGACUGCUUUUUAGGCAGCCGGGACCGGCUUUUAAUUUCAUAAAAUUAUGUUGAUUUUACACUGUUUUGAUCAACUCUUAUUAAGGAAUUGAUGAUUUUGUUUAUGCUGGGUUGCACUAAACGGGGUUUACCUUAACCCUAGAUCAGCGAUGUGCUAUGUUAUGAGUUAUGUUCAGGGAUCUGCUAAGUAGUUAUAACUUGUAAGAUCAACUGAUUUGAAAUAGUUGAUCCUGGUUGGAGCAACCCUGGUUUAGACAUUUGGAAGUUAAAAUCGACGGUUAUUUAUAAUCGGAGGUUGGCAAUUGAUCAGAUUAUGACAAUUUGUAUGAAAAUCAGAGAACUGAUUUCUUGAAAUUUAUGUAUUUAUGAUUGAGAGAUCAUGAUUGAAGAAUAUUGAUUUAUUAAGGGUUGUAAAAUUAUAAUCAAUAUUUAACUUCCAAUCAUAGUGAUGAUCAGGCUACCUGAAGACUAUUCUCGAUUUCUUUCAAUAUUUGGAAUUGAAAUUAUUGAUUUAAUUCCAACAACAUCAAUAAUUAUUGAUAGAAUACCGUAAUGAUUCAAAUAAUUGAAUCGAUUGAUUAUACUAUUUGAUCGUUGUCUUGAAUCAAUUUAGAUUGUUGUUAACUAUGAUUACACAAAGUCAUUUCUACUGUUGAUUGACUUAUUUUAAUAAUUGAUAGUUCAAUGAUUAUUAUUUCAAUCAUAGAUAGUUCCAUGACAAUUAAUAUCAUUCUCUUUCGCUGAUAGAAAUGAGAACUGAUUCUUUUUAUCUCGGUUAAGAGUUGACCAAUGAUCAGCUAAUUGGUGAUCAAAAUCUAGUGAGACAUAUAGCAAAGACUUGAAGACGAUUAGUUAUCUAUUUUAUUAAGAAUUUAUAGUUUAGACUCAGUUAGAAUUAAUGAUUUAUUAAAAUCAACUAUGUAUAAAUGACUAAACUAUGAAAUAGUCUUCUAUGAUAGAUAACUUUGUUGCAGUGUAAUAUAGAUCUAAUAUUUCACAAGUACUAAUAUGAUAGAUUUUGAAUUGUUAUUUUACGUCAAUAUUUAUUUCUAGUGAGAUCGUAAUUUUACAAUAGAAAAGUUAUUAAAAGUACAAGUAUUUUAAUAGUUUGAUUGUAGAAUAAUGAUUUGAAUAGAUAUUAUGAUUGGAUGCUGUAUUUUCCAACCGUUAUCAAAAUUAUUAAUUUUUUAGUAUAUUCUACUCGUGGUAAUCAAAUAUUUAAUACACUAAAACGAAUUCAAACCAAGGAAAGAUUUAUUCAUCUUCUCUAUGUGUUGUACAUUAAUAACUCAAGUCAAAUUUGUUGACUACUUUUUUGAUUGUCUGAAGUGAAAUAAGUAGCAAUAUAAAGACAAAAUCCGAUAAUCAAACUCUUUACUGGAUUAAAUUAUACUUUUUGUAAACAAAUAUUCUACAGUUAAUAUUAUAUUGUAAUUUUUCUUGCCAAAAUUUGUGAUUUAUUGUUCAUCAUAGAAACCUUAAUAAUUUAUUUUCUAAAAAUAUGUAGCCUAUCUUUACAAUUUUUUAAAGGAUUUCUCCUUUAUAAGUAAGUAACUUGAAAUAAGUAACUAGGACAAAAUCUGAUAAUCAAACUCAUUACUAGAUUAGAUUUAUGAAAUUAUACUUUUUUUGUAGAAAAUAUUAUACAGUUGAUAUUAUAUUGUAAUUCUCCUUGCCAAAAUUUGUGAUACAUUGUUCAUAAUAGAAAUCUUAAUAAUUUAUUUUCUAAAAAUAUGUAUCUUACAAUUCUAUAAAGGAGAAAUCUUGUCUUAAAAAAGAUUAAGUAGAAAUACUUUGCUCAAACAUUUUGCUAAUCAAGAACAGAACACCGUACUAAAGUUUUACAGAUUUUUCAGAAUUAGUAUUUUAGAAUUUUUUUAGAAAAACAAUUUUUCGAUAGUCUGAGAAUGAUUCAAAAUUUUGCUCAAAAUGUUCUUACAAAAUAUAGAUUCUAUGAAGUAUUUUAAGCGAUAUUAUCACUCAAUCUUUGAAUUUUCGUUAUAAAUUAUACAAUAUUUACUGUAUUUGAGAGUAGAUAACUGUCAUUACAACCUCUUCACCUUUUUUUCAAGACUUUUUAACCUAGUUUUAAAGCAUAUUAGCAAUGUAUUUGAAGAGCUUACACAUUAAGCUUUAUAAAAAUCAAUAAAACUAGAUUAUAGGAACUAACAUAAUAAUUAAGUUAAGUUUUGCUUUCACCCAAAUAAAAGAUAUAUCGGCAUUUAAUCAGGACUAUACACUAGUGUAUAAAUUAUAUAUUGUUUUAAUCAUUGUUGUAUGUACUUGAAUGAUGAAAAUUGUGUGUACCUUAUACUUUGAUAGUAUUAUUGAAACAGUACAUCUUUAUUGGAUAAUUGAUUAGUAUAAACUGUGUAUAUUUUUUCAAUUUCAUUGUUUUUAUUUAUAAUUCACUUGUAUUAUUAAUAAAAAUGUGUACAGAAAUCA